UAUGUUCCCCUUACCAGCUUAUCAACAUGGACUGGAGCAAGCGUUUCAGAGUGUUCAGAUUCCUUGGGAUUAACUGGAUGCAGGUGCAAGAGGAGGAAGGUAAGUGCGUAAAAGGAAGAGUGCUGCGGAGCGGGGAGUGUCCAAUAAUUACAGAAAUGGGAUCAGGCAGGAGGAUGUGCAGGACUCAGCACCGGCUGUUGGCCUUUCUGGUCUUUUCCACUUUGACGUCUCUGGCUGAUGGAUCACCAUUGCAGGUGAUGUCUGCCCCCAACUUGUUGCGGGUAGGAAUAGUAGAAAACAUCUUUGUGGAGUGUCAAGACUGCACAGGAGCAGACAUUAGGGUUGAAAUCAUCGUGAUGAACCAUCCAACCAAAACCAAAAGGCUGGCAUCUACAUCUGUGACGCUCACCAGUGCUAAAGACUUCCAGGAUUUUGGACAAAUUAAGAUCCCUGCUGGUGACUUCAGUAAGGAUCCCACCAUGAAGCAGUAUGUGUACCUGCAAGCUCAGUUCCCUGACCGACUGCUGGAGAAAGUCGUCUUAAUGUCCUUCCAGUCCGGGUACAUCUUCAUCCAGACUGACAAGACCAUUUACACCCCCAACAGCAAAGUUAGUUACAGGAUGUUUGCUGUGACGCCCCGUAUGGAGCCUGUAGAUAAGGAUGACGCAAACCAAACUGAUGCUGAGAUUGACAUUGAGAUUGUGACUCCUGGUGGCAUCAUUUUACCACUUGAUUCAGUCUCUCUGAAAUCAGGAAUUUACUCCGGAGAUUACUACCUCGCUGAAAUUGUCAGUCCUGGACUGUGGAAGGUGGUGGUGAGGUUUCACAACAACCCACAGCAGAGCUAUUCUGCAGAGUUCGAGGUCAAAGAAUAUGUGCUUCCCAGUUUUGUGGUUAAACUGACACCUGCGAGCGCCUUCUUCUACGUGGACAGUGAAGAGCUUACUGUCAACAUCAAAGCUACGUAUCUGUUUGGUGAAGAGGUGGAUGGGACGGCCUACCUGGUAUUUGGGGUUGUACAAGAGGGUCAAAAGAAGAGCUUUCCCAGCUCUCUUCAGAGAGUGCCGAUCGAGAGAGGUAACGGAGUGGCCACACUGAGGAGAGAGCACAUCACACAGAUCUUCCCAAACAUGAUAGAGCUGGUGGGGAGCUCCAUAUUUGUAACUGCCAGUGUGCUGACAGAGAGUGGUGGUGAAAUGGUGGAGGCAGAGUUGAGAGGUAUCCAGAUUGUCACAUCACCUUACACCAUCCACCUCAAGAAAACUCCCAAAUAUUUCAAGCCAGGAUUGCCCUUUAAAAUAGCGGUUGAAGUUGUAAAUCAUGAUGACAGUCCGGCACAAGAUGUUGUGGUGGUGGUUGAUCCAGGCCAGGUGCGGGGCCACACUGCUGCCAACGGCAUGACCAGGGUUACUGUCAAUACAGACGCAAAUGCUAACAGACUUACAAUCACCGCAAGGACCAAUGAUCCUCAUAUUUCACCUGAAAGGCAAGCAUUAGCCACCAUGGUAGCUCUCCCAUAUACCACUAAAAGCAACAACUACAUCCAUAUAGAUGUGUAUCCAGCUGAAGUAACAUUAGGAAAAAACCUGGAAAUCAACCUCUUCCUCAACAGACAGGAAAAUGCACAACAUGACAUCACAUACCUGACCCUGAGCAGAGGUCAGUUGGUGGAUAAAGGCCGUUACAAGACGAGAGGCCAAACACUGAUUUCCUUGAUAAUUCCCAUUUCCAAAGAAUUGCUUCCAUCGUUCCGUAUCAUUGCCUACUACCAUACAAAUGAUAAUGAAGUGGUAUCAGACUCUGUUUGGGUGGAUGUUAAGGACUCCUGCAUGGGCUCGUUGAAGUUACAAUCAUCGAGACCUGCUCCAUCACAUGAUCCUCGCAGAAUAUUUGGUCUGACGGUCACUGGAGAUCCAGGAGCCACAGUGGGACUGGUGGCAAUUGACAAAGCCGUCUAUGUCCUAAACAACAAGCACCGACUCACCCAGAAAAAGGUGUGGGACAUUGUAGAGAAGUAUGAUACAGGCUGCACACCAGGUGGAGGGAAGGACGGUAUGAGUGUGUUCUACGAUGCUGGGCUGCUGUUUGAGUCCAGUGCUUCUGGGACUCCUUACAGACAAGAUUUGAAGUGUCCUGCCCUCAGCAGGAGAAAACGAGCCAGCACUGAAACAGAUGUCAGAACCAGCUUGGAUGAGGAGGAUUACAGUUACAUGGACAGCAGUGAAAUUGUUUCUCGUACCAAAUUCCCUGAAAGUUGGCUGUGGUCAGAUAUCAGACUGCCUCCUUGCACUCAACAAAACCCUAACUGUGACACCACAUCUUUUGUGAAAAAUGUUCUUUUGGAAAACUCAAUCACAACCUGGCAGAUCAUCGGCAUUAGUCUGUCAAGAACUCACGGUAUCUGUGUGGCCGAUCCAUUAGAGGUCACUGUCCUGAAAGAAUUCUUCAUUGAUCUCAGAUUACCGUACUCUGCUGUCCGUGGAGAGCAGCUGGAAAUUAAGGCUAUCCUCCACAACUACAGCCCUGAUCCUGCCAAUGUGCGUGUGGAUCUGAUUGAGGCUGAGAAUGUGUGCAGUUCAGCCUCUAAACGUGGAAGAUAUCGUCAGAACGUUAAUGUUGGACCCCAAACUACACGAUCUGUACCUUUCGUCAUUAUUCCCAUUAAGACAGGAGUACACCGCAUUGAGGUCAAAGCAGCCUUUAAAGACUCAUCGCUCAGUGAUGGAAUCAUGAAGAUGCUAUUGGUGGUGCCUGAAGGCGUACUGGUAAAAUCUCCAAAGAUUAUAACACUAGACCCUGGUAAAAGUUUAGAUGGUAAUCAACAGGAAAUAAUCAACAGUGAAAUUCCUCUGAAAGAUUUGGUUCCAAAUACACCUAUGAGCACAAUAAUCUAUGUGAAAGGAGGGGAGCAGAUAAGUGCGCUAUUGGAGAACACCAUACGUGAGAACUCUGUGGGUAAUCUGAUCAAACAGCCGUCAGGCCCUGGAGAGCAGAACAUGAUCAUCAUGACACUGCCUGUCAUUGCAACCACAUAUUUGGACAAAACCAACCAGUGGGAAACCACAGGAUUGGAAAAACGUAACAAAGCCCUCCAACACAUCCAGACUGGAUUCCAGAACCAGCUUGCCUACCGUAAAGUUGAUGGGUCAUUUGCUGUGUGGGACAUUCACCAAAGUAGCACCUGGCUGACCGCCUAUGUUGUCAAGGUGUUUGCUAUGGCCAACAGUCUGGUGGCACUACAAAGCAACGUCAUCUGUGACGCUGUCAAGUUUCUGAUUGUCAACGCACAGCAACCUGACGGCAUGUUUAGAGAAGUUGGAUAUGUGUUCAGUAGAUCAAUGAUUGGGGAUGUGCUCGGCGUGGAUUCAGACGCCUCCAUGACGGCCUUCUGCCUCGUUGCUAUACAGGAGUCACGCACACUAUGUGCUGUUAAUAGUCUGCCAGGCAGUGUAGACAAAGCAGUGGCAUACCUGGAGAGGCGUCUGCCCAGCCUCACCAACCCAUAUGCCGUUGCCAUGACGUCAUAUGCCCUGGCCAAUGAAAACAAACUGAACCAGGCGAUCCUUUGCAACUUUACUUCCCCAGAUAUGUCCCACUGGCCUGUACCUAAGGGACACGUUUACACACUGGAGGCCACAGCUUAUGCUCUUCUUGCUCUGGUGAAGGCCAAGGCCUUUAAAGAAGUCAGUCCUGUGGUCAAAUGGCUCAUUCAACAACAGAACGUGGACGGGGGCUAUGGAUCAACUCAGGCUACUAUAAUGGUGUACCAGGCUCUAGCUGAGUACUGGGCCAAUGCUAAGGAACAUGAAAUUGAUCUGGAUGUGUCCAUCUGGCUUCCAGACAGGUCAAAACCUGAUAAGUACAACUUCAACAGGGAAAACUACAACAGAACGAGAAUCUCUAAAUUCAACAGUAUAAAUGAGAAUGUGAGGGUGACCGCCACAGGAAAAGGAGAAGCAACGUUAACAAUGGUGUCGAUGUAUUACGCUCUGCCUAAAGAAAAGGAGACUGACUGUCAGAAGUUUAACUUGUCUGUGCAGCUCCUCCCAGAGAAAUUGGAUGAGGAUGAGAACAUAUACAAGCUGAAAAUAGAGGUUUUGUACAAGGACACGGAGCGUGAUGCAACCAUGUCAGUCUUGGAUAUUGGCUUUCUAACUGGCUUCACUGUCAACACAAAUGACCUGGACUUACUGUCCAAAGGACGUGCCCGCACCAUUGCAAAAUAUGAGAUGAACACCGUCCUGUCAGAAAGAGGCUCACUCAUCAUCUACCUGGACAAGGUUUCUCACACCCGACCAGAGGAGAUCACUUUUAAGAUCCAUCAGAAGCUGAAAGUGGGCGUCUUACAACCAGCUGCUGUGUCUGUCUAUGAAUACUAUGAACAGAUACAGUGUGUGAAAUUCUAUCACCCAGAGAGAAAAGCUAGACAGAUGCUGAGGCUCUGUACAAAUGAUGAAUGCAUAUGUGCUGAAGAGAACUGUAGUAUGCAGAGAAAGGGCAAAAUCAGCAAUGAUGAGCGCAUUGCCAAAGUUUGUGAGAGCACAUCAACCAAUAAAAUUGAUUUUGUGUACAAAGUGAGAGUGAAAGAGUGUAUACAUGGUUUGUCCAGUGACAUGUACACCAUUCGGAUAGUGGGAGUCAUUAAGGAAGAUAGUAAUGAUCCGGGCCCUCUGGGUAAACUACGCAAUUUCCUCGGUCCUCUUCACUGCAGAGAAGCUUUAGAUCUGAGAACAGGCAAAACCUACCUCAUCAUGGGCACAUCCACAUAUUUUUACAACAACGGACAGAGUGAAUUGUAUCAGUCUGUACUUGGUGAGAGAACCUGGAUUGAGUACUGGCCCACAGAUGCAGAGUGUCAAACUGUGGAAUACACAUAUGUCUGUUUGGGCUUGGAAGUGAUGGUCCAGCAUUAUGAGAUGUUUGGAUGUCAGCUAUAGUGAAACCCUAAUACAAUCUUCUUUUCAAAUUGUUUUUUGUUUUGCAUUUUUCGUUCUAUGUGUAACUUUCACCACCAUGAUAUUUACAGCAAUGGCUGCAAACAAUGCCGUUACAAUGUUACACUGCAUUGAUUAAAUUGUAAUGGUCUUAA